CUCCAUAUAAAAACAGGUGUAUCGUUUAUUUAGGGUCAUUUGCUAGAAACAGCUCGUCUGAGAUAAGUUAAGAAUAGUUUGAUUAGUAUUUCGAAACUUUAUAUUGUGUAAAAUGGCUACCAAAGUCGCCGUAGUUACCGGCUCCAACAAAGGCAUUGGUUUCGCUAUAGUACGCGGCCUCUGCAAGCGCUUCGAUGGCGUUGUUUACUUGACUUCGCGAGAUACAGGCCGCGGGAAACAAGCCGUGGCGGACCUUGAGAAGGAGGGUUUACAUCCAAAAUACCAUCAACUGGACAUUACGAACAAGCAGAGUGUGGAAACAUUCAGAGAUUACAUAAAGAGUAAAUACGAUGGUAUCGAUAUUCUGGUUAACAAUGCCGCCAUUGCGUUCAAGAAUGCGGCGCCGGAGCCGGUGUCAGUGCAGGCUGAACAAACGCUGUUCGUCAACUAUUUCUCCCUGUUGUCCACUUGCGACAUACUCUUCCCUAUUCUCAAAAAUGGCGCGAGAGUUGUGAACGUCUCUAGCUCUAUGGGACACUUAAGCAAAAUCCCGAGUGAAGCUUUAAGGAACCGCCUUAAGGAUGAGAAGCUGACUAUUCCUGAGCUAUCUGGUCUGAUGCAGCAAUAUGUGGACGCUGCUAAGCAGGGUACACACGCUGCAGAGUGGGGCAACUCUUCAUAUGCCGUGUCCAAAGUUGGUGUCACUGCACUGAGCAAUAUUCAACAAAGAUUGCUCAAUGACAGAGAUAUCAAAGUGAACUCAGUCCACCCUGGCUAUGUGGACACCGACAUGUCUUCUCACACCGGUCCCCUGACCAUUGAUGAGGGAGCAUCAGCCCCCCUGUUCCUAGCUCUGGAUGCUCCGGACUCCGUUAAAGGACAAUAUGUUUGGUUCAACUCCAAGAUUGUAGACUGGACUAGCGAGAAACCAGAGAAAGAAUAAUCUCUAUUUGUAAAUGUAUAUAUUUAAAAAUAUAUAUUGCAUUUAAGUAAUACUUAUAGACAAAGGUGUGGCCUUAAUCUAAAUAGUUUGAAUAAGUCCUAUAUUAAGUACACUUCUAAUAAAGAAAAGUUGUGUUAUUCUCUAACCAAACUCAAAUAUUGUAUUUAGACUUUACAGUUGUAAAGUUUUAUUAAGUUUAGGUGGUACAUUACUAAGUUCUAUUCAAACUAUACUUAGUUUCUCGUUGUUGGAGUGUUUUCAAAUUGCAUAAUACAUAUAAUAGCUGGCCUACCUUUUUUACAGAUUAUAUUAAUAAUUUUUAAUAGUUGAAAGCUGUCUAUUUUAUAUCAUGUUGCUUGUUAUUCUUUUAAUAAUUGAAUUUUUUGUUUUGUUAUUUUUUUUUAAUAAAUAAAGCUAUUUACUCCUAA